AUGGCGAUGUGUGAGGGACCAGUAACCACUCUUCCAGUCAGUCAUCGCCCUCACAGACAAGGCCAGACUCUGGACACGGUGACCGUCCUACUGCAGGACCUACAGGGUCAGGGUGAAGUUGAAGGUCAGGGACACGGUGAGGUUGAAGGUCAGGGACACGGUGAGGUUGAGGGUCAAGGUCAGGGUCAGGGAGAUGAGGUUACCUCUGUUGUGCAGUGUUGUGAUGCCCUGAGCCCCAUGUCCAUACCAUCUCCCCUGGGGAAAUCAGGAGACCCAGAGCCCAUGGGCAGUGGACCUACUCAGGCUCAAACCACAACGAACAGAGACCUAGAUGAGAUGGACAUGGACCGUAGGCCUCCCACCCAUGUGUGCUGUGAAGCAGAGCCCAUAGAGAGUGGACUGACCCUGGGUAAGACCUGGGACAUGGGCCCUGAGACUGCCUGGGACAUGGGCCCUGAGACUGCCUGGGACAUGGGCCCUGAGACAGCCUGGGACAUGGGCCCUGAGACUGCCUGGGACAUGGGCCCUGAGACAGCCAGGGACAUGGGCCCUGAGACAGCCUGGGACAUGGGCCCUGAGACAGCCUGGGACAUGGGCCCUGAGACAGCCUGGGACAUGGGCCCUGAGACAGCCUGGGACAUGGGCCCUGAGACUGCCUUGGACAUGGGCCCUGAGACAGCCAGGGACAUGAAUGAGGUGGACAUGGACCAAUCCUCCACUACCUGUGAUACUGAGGUGGAGCUUGGGACGGGGCCUGAGACUACUCCACACAUACAGGUGUGUCCUACAGAGUCUGGUCUGGUCACAGAGGUGAAUGGACGCUCUGGCAAACAGCAUCCUUGUGUUAGAGAGCCUAUAGAGGAGAGGGAGAGGCCUAAGGAGACCCCUUCUCCACCCUCCUCUCCAGUCCUCUCUCCACCCCCCUCUCCACCCCCCUCUCCUGGCCAGACUCUGGGCCUUGUUGCCCUUGAUACCCCCCAGGAAGGGUGUCUAGAUGCCACAGGGACAGGCGAGGGUAGUUCCAAGGAUCUGCUCUGUAUCGUAAAACACAAACCCAGCGCUAUCGUCUUCUCUGGAGACGACAACAUCGACAACAUCAGCCCACCUAGCGCCUUCGUCACCCAGAGCUCCGAUGGAGAGGAAUCUUCAUUGGCCGAUGAGGAAGAGGGUGAUGAUGAUGAUGAUGUGGAGGAGGAAGAGGAUGAAGAGGUCCCUGAGCUGCCGCAGUAUAAGGAGUUCCUGGUCAGCCGUCGCCGUAGAAACUUGAGCAGGAACAGGAAGGGGCUGAGGAAAGGACAGGAACUCCCGCCCACUGGCUCUCUGAUUGGCCUGGGCUGCACCAAUAAGACCAGCUCAAAGGCCAAGGAGGAAGAGGAGGAGGAAGAAGAGGCUGAAAGAAAACAGGUGAGAAAAGCAGUACUACUCUUCACCACUAGAGUGCGUCAUUAUUGCAUUUCUCUCACUGAAAUAACUGUCUUUCUAGGAUUGUUGUGUGUGUGUGUGAGAGAGAGAGAGAGAGAGAGAGAGAGAGAGAGAGAGAGAGAGAGGAGAGAGAAGAGGAGAGAGAGAGGAGAGAGAGAGGAGAGAGAGAGAGAGGGAGAGGAGAGAUAGAGAGAGAGAUAGAGAGAGAAAGACGCAGAGACGACGGAAGAGCGAGAGAUAGAGAGCAUAUAGCGACGCGAGAGAGGUCGAUAAAUAUCCAAGAGAGAGUUUUGGCAGGCAUGCCCGAAUUCCACUAAUCUUUUCUCUGGUUAGCCCUGGCAUACCCAGCUCCCAGCCUGCAUUGUGCCAGUAGGCGUUUGUGAGUAUGAGCGUGCUCCUGACCACGUUCUCACACCUGUCAGCGAGGCCUGGCCGGGGUUCCUGGCAUGUUCUCCUAACGUUCCACUGGCAGGUUCUCCUAGAACUGUUCUCUUAGCGUUCCACUGGCAGGUUCUCCUAGAACUGUUCUCUUAACGUUUGCCUGGUCAAAAGUAGUGCACUAUAGGGAAUAGGGUGUCAUUUCAGAUGCAGACCCAAGUUUUAAAGUCACUGAUUGACAGAGUGAAGAGAACACUGUUCGUGUCUGGGGGUAGAGCAAUAGCUGUAUAUGGACAACGCCAUCGAUCACGUGACACCAGACAUUCCUAUGUGAAGACUCAAUAGUGCAUUUAUGCCAAAUGAAGUCAGUUAAAGAUGGUGUCUCAUGAAGCGCAGUUUGAGCUACUCCGGGAAGUGAUGCUGCAGGCUAGCUCAGUGCUGCCCCUCUAAUUGAGUAUCUCAAGUUGAAGGCUGACUGGGGUACUGCAGGCUGCCAUUAGCAGCUAAAUUAUCCUUAUAACUUCUUCUGUAUAAUAAGUUCAAGGACAUACAUCUGGUGUAUUAGAAGCAAUUAUUGGUACCAAGAUUGAACACGAAGAUUGACAUUUUUCCACUCACUAUAACGUGAGAUCCUGUUUUCUGAUAACAAUGACCGCAGUACCGCGGUCGGCCAUGAACUUCCGUGGCUUCAUUGAGAGGGAGUAGUCGUUCUCCUCUGGGGCAGAGCUACAGCCAGGUCCACAUUCUUAAAAAAAAAAUUGUAGGUAUUUUACCCCCUUUUUCUCCCCAAUUUCGUGUAUCCAAUUGGUAGUUACAGUCUUUGUCCCAUCGCUGCAACUCCCGUACGGACACGGGAGAGGCGAAGGUCGAGAGUCGUGUGUCCUCCGAAAACACAACCCAACCGAGCCGCACUGCUUCUUGACACAGUGCCCGCUUAACCCGGAAGCAAGCCGCACCAAUGUGUCGGAGGAAACACCGUCCACCUGGCGACCGAGUCAGCGUGCACUGCGCCCGGCCCGCCACAGUGGUCGCUAGAGCACGAUGGGACAAGGACAUCCCUGCCGGCCAAACCCUCCGCCCCAUGGGUCUCCCGGUCGAUGCCAACUGCGACAGAGCCUGGACUCGAACCAGGAUCUCUAGUGGCACAGCUAGCACUGCGCCACUCGGGAGGCUCAGGCCCACAUUCUUAUGAUGUCUGUUACUCUGUUAUGGUGAUCCAUUUCUGUUACGAUGACUAGUAAGGGUGAAAUCAGUUUAAGAAGGGUAGUCAGUAAAGAAGGGUUAGUAAAUAAGACAUGGAAAGCUGGCUGGUUCAGUGGAAUAUUAGGGUUAGGCAGUUCAAUUGAUAGUAAAUGUCAAUCUGGACAUUGUAUUGUGGUGAAUCACUCUGUCUCUCCGUGACCUUAUGACCUUUAGGGUUCAGAGGUCAACUGUGACUCACUCAGAUUAGGGGUCACUCCCUCUGGUCAGUCAGGAUCCCCAGCGUAGUCUGUGUGUGUGUGCGCAUGCAUGCAUGUGCCAGUGUGUGGUGAAUCUGUCCGAAACCUCUCCCUCCCUCCCUCCCUCCAUCCCUCCAUCCCUCCCUCUCUCCCUCCCUCUCUCUCUCCAGAGGAAGUAAACAAGAGUAGUUCUGGAUAUUACAGUGUUGUUUGGCCUCCAGGGAUCAGUGACACAAUAUUACAGUGUUAGUUUGGCCUCCAGGGAUCAUAACCCAUGUUCCCUCCUCCCCCACCCCUUCCCCAUAACCAAUGUUCCCUCCCUCCCCCCCACCCCUUCCCCAUAACCAAUGUUCCCUCCUCCCCCACCCCUUCCCCAUAACCAAUGUUCCCUCCUCCCCCACCCCUUCCCCAUAACCAAUGUUCCCUCCUCCCCCACCCCUUCCCCAUAACCCAUGUUCCCUCCUCCCCCACCCCUUCCCCAUAACCCAUGUUCCCUCCUCCCCCCAUCCCUUCCCCAUAACCAAUGUUCCCUCCUCCCCCACCCCUCCCCCACCCCUUCCCCAUAACCCAUGUUCCCUCCUCCCCCACCCCUUCCCCAUAACCCCAUGUUCCCUCCUCCCCCACCCCUUCCCCAUAACCCAUGUUCCCUUCCUCCCCCACCCCUUCCCCAAACCAAUGUUCCCUCCUCCCCCCUCCCCCCACCACUUCCCCCAUAACCAAUGUUCCCUCCUCCCCCCACCCCUUCCCCAUAACCAAUGUUCCCUCCUCCCCCACCCCUUCUCCAUAACUCAUGUUCCCUCCUUCCCAGCCUCCCGUGUUCUCCAGUCACCGCACAGCCCCCCUAGCCCCACCCAGUGUCCCCUCCCAGUGCCCAGACCCGAGCCAGGGGACGUUGUGUACCCCUCUGGGGUGUAGGGUUGAAGGGACACCUCCUGAAUGAGAGGAUUGUGGGAGGGAAAGAGAGAGGAAUUUGAUGCAGUGUAGAGUGACAGAGAGAUGGAGAGAGAGAGAGAUCUUACUCUAACGGUGAUGUUGAUGAUUUGUUUUGAACACUUCAUUUCUAUUACCUUUUCUCUCUCUCUCCAGGCCCUGAUUGGUCACACUCCUGACUGACUGAGGUACUUGUCCUCCAGGAAAUGAAUACGCUUCUUUGUUUCAAUCCCAGAGUUCUUAGGGGCAGAUAGAAGCACAUAGGGUCUCUUUGAGGAGCUGCUUCACACACACACACACACACAUACACACACACACACACACACACACGCACGCACACACACACACACACACCCACACACACACACACACACCACACACACACACACACACACACACACACACACACACACACACACACACACACACACACACACUCACAGUACCCCUCGUCCCCAGCCCUACUACUCUGAUCGUGUCGACCAUUUUGUGAAAUAUCUUCAUUUAUGAUUUGGCAGUAAAGUCAUUUCCUGUGAGCCUACGACCCCAGAUCUCCAGAUUCCUACAGAGACACAGAGGACCGACUCUGUACUGUGGACGCUAUUUAUAACCUGCUGGUGAAGAGGAGAGGGGGAGUGUGGGGUGGGGUGAGGUGAGGGAGGCGUGGGGAGAAAGAGAGUGGAAGAGAGAGAAGAGAGAGGAGUGAGGGAGAGGGUGACGAGGGGAGGUGAGGGAGAGAGGUUGACGAGGAGGGGUGAUGGGAGAGAGGGUGACGAGGGGGUUGAGGUGGAGAGGGUGACGAGAGGGGGUGAGGGAGUAAGGUGACGAGAGGGGUGGGGAGAAGGGUGACGAGAGUGGGUGAGGGAGAAGGGUGACGGAGAGGGGUGAGGAGAGGGGUGACGAGAGGGGUGGGGAGAGAGGGUUGACGAGGGGGGUAGGGAGAGUAGGUGUGAGGGAGGGGAGAAGACAAUGGUAACACACACACUCUGUCUCAUGCACUACUACUGACCCACACUGCAUCCCUUUCAUAGUUUAUGAAAUGUUAAUGUGUGUUCCUCCAACCUCAGUUUAUCCACAGAGGGCUCUGUAUGCAUCAGUGUGUUUCAACUGUAGUUUCAUACCAGCCUCCUCUACCAGUCUCCUCUAUCAGCCUCCUCUACCAGCCUCCUCUACCAGCCUCCUCUACCAGCCUCCUCUACCAGUCUCCUCUACCAGUCUCCUCUACCAGCCUCCUCUACCAGCCUCCUCUACCAGCCUCCUCUACCAGCCUCCUCUACCACCUCCUCUACCAUCCCCCUCUACCAGUCUCCUCUACCAGUCUCCUCUACCAACCUCCUCUACCAGCCUCCUCUCCCAGCCUCUUCUACCAGUCUCCUCUACCAGUCUCCUCUACCAGCCUCCUCUACCAACCUCCUCUACCAGUCUCCUCUACCAGCCUCCUCUACCAGUCUCCUCUACCUGCCUCCUCUACCAGUCUCCUCUACCAGCCUCCUCUACCAGUCUCCUCUGUUUACAUUGUGUAUGUCCCACCCUGUGUUUGUGUCGGCAUGUGCCAGGCUUUUUUUGGGGCCUAAUCUUGUCACUUUAUAAUGUGUGUGUGUGUGUGUGUGUGUGUGUGUGUGUGUGUGUGUGUGUGUGUGUGUGUGUGUGUGUGUGUGUGUGUGUCUCUGGCCCAGGCACGGUCCCCGUGGUGUGACUCUAUGAGUCAGCUGAUGAGGAAGUUGGAUCAGCUCAAUCUGGACAUACAGGAAGCACUCAGCGCCGCUAGCUCCUCCCACUCUGACAACGACAAACCAGAAACAAAACAACCAGAACCGGUAAGUCAGAUUGAACACAGACAUACAGUACAGUUAGUCAGAUAGAACACAGACAUACAGUCAGAUAGAACACAAUCAGACAGUCAGAUAGAACACAGACAUACAGUCAGAUAGAACACAGACAUACAGUCAGAUAGAACACAGACAUACAGUCAGAUAGAACACAGACAUACAGUCAGAUAGAACACAGACAUACAGUCAGAUAGAACACAGACAGACAGUCAGAUAGAACACAGACAUACAGUCAGAUAGAACACCGACAUACAGUACAGUUAGUCAGAUUGAACACAGACAUACAGUCAGAUAGAACACAGACAUACAGUCAGAUAGAACACAGACAUACAGUCAGAUAGAACACAGACAUACAGUCAGAUAGAACACAGACAGACAGUCAGAUAGAACACAGACAGACAGUCAGAUAGAACACAGACAGACAGUCAGAUAGAACACAGACAGACAGUCAGAUAGAACACAGACAUACAGUCAGAUAGAACACAGACAUACAGUCAGAUAGAACACAGACAUACAGUCAGAUAGAACACAGACAGACAGUCAGAUAGAACACAGACAUACAGUCAGAUAGAACACAGACAUACAGUCAGAUAGAACACAGACAUACAGUCAGAUAGAACACAGACAGACAGUCAGAUAGAACACAGACAGACAGUCAGAUAGAACACAGACAGACAGUCAGAUAGAACACAGACAGACAGUCAGAUAGAACACAGACAUACAGUCAGAUAGAACACAGACAUACAGUCAGAUAGAACACAGACAUACAGUCAGAUAGAACAAAGACAGACAGUCAGAUAGAACACAGACAUACAGUACAGUUAGUCAGAUUGAACACAGACAUACAGUCAGAUAGAACACAGACAGACAGUCAGAUAGAACACAAUCAGACAGUCAGAUAGAACACAGACAGACAGUCAGAUAGAACACAGACAGACAGUCAGAACACAGACAUACAGUCAGAUAGAACACAGACAUACAGUCAGAUAGAACACAGACAGACAGUCAGAUAGAACACAGACAUACAGUCAGAUAGAACACAAUCAGACAGUCAGAUAGAACACAGACAGACAGUCAGAUAGAACACAGACAGACAGUCAGAUAGAACACAGACAGACAGUCAGAUAGAACACAGACAUACAGUCAGAUAGAACACAGACAGACAGUCAGAUAGAACACAGACAGACAGUCAGAUAGAACACAGACAUACAGUCAGAUAGAACACAGACAUACAGUCAGAUAGAACACAGACAGACAGUCAGAUAGAACACAGACAUACAGUCAGAUAGAACACAGACAGACAGUCAGAUAGAACACAGACAGACAGUCAGAUAGAACACAGACAUACAGUCAGAUAGAACACAGACAGACAGUCAGAUAGAACACAGACAGACAGUCAGAUAGAACACAGACAUACAGUCAGAUAGAACACAGACAUACAGUCAGAUAGAACAUAGACAGACAGUCAGAUAGAACACAGACAGACAGUCAGAUAGAACACAGACAUACAGUCAGAUAGAACACAGACAGACAGUCAGAUAGAACACAGACAGACAGUCAGAUAGAACACAGACAUACAGUCAUAUAGAACACAGACAUACAGUCAGAUAGAACACAGAAAUACAGUCAGAUAGAACACAGACAGACAGUCAGAUAGAACACAGACACAGUCAGAUAGAACACAGACAUACAGUCAGAUAGAACACAAUCAGACAGUCAGAUAGAACACAGACAGACAGUCAGAUAGAACACAGACAGACAGUCAGAAAACAACAGUCAGAAUCCAGAUAACACAGACAUACAGUCAGAUAGAACACAGACAUACAGUCAGAUAGAACACAGACAGACAGUCAGAUAGAACACAGACAUACAGUCAGAUAGAACACAGACAUACAGUCAGAUUGAACACAGACAUACAGUCAGAUAGAACACAGACAGACAGUCAGAUAGAACACAGACAUACAGUCAGAUAGAACACAGACAUACAGUCAGAUAGAACACAGACAGACAGUCAGAUAGAACACAGACAGACAGUCAGAUAGAACACAGACAUACAGUCAGAUAGAACACAGACAUACAGUCAGAUUGAACACAGACAUACAGUCAGAUAGAACACAGACAUACAGUCAGAUAGAACACAGACAUACAGUCAGAUAGAACACAGACAUACAGUCAGAUAGAACACAGACAGACAGUCAGAUAGAACACAGACAGACAGUCAGAUAGAACACAGACAGACAGUCAGAUAGAACAAAGACAGACAGUCAGAUUGAACACAGACAGACAGUCAGAUAGAACACAGACAGACAGUCAGAUAGAACACAGACAGACAGUCAGAUAGAACACAGACAGACAGUCAGAUAGAACACAGACAUACAGUCAGAUAGAACACAGACAGACAGUCAGAUAGAACACAGACAUACAGUCAGAUAGAACACAGACAGACAGUCAGAUAGAACACAGACAUACAGUCAGAUAGAACACAGACAGACAGUUAGAUAGAACACAGACAGACAGUCAGAUAGAACACAGACAGACAGUCAGAUAGAACACAGACAGACAGUCAGAACACAGACAUACAGUCAGAUAGAACACAGACAUACAGUCAGAUAGAACACAGACAUACAGUCAGAUAGAACACAGACAUACAGUCAGAUAGAACACAGACAGACAGUCAGAUAGAACACAGACAGACAGUCAGAUAGAACACAGACAUACAGUCAGAUAGAACACAGACAUACAGUCAGAUAGAACACAGACAUACAGUCAGAUAGAACACAGACAGACAGUCAGAUAGAACACAGACAGUCAGAUAGAACACAGACAUACAGUCAGAUAGAACACAGACAUACAGUCAGAUAGAACACAGACAUACAGUCAGAUAGAACACAGACAUACAGUCAGAUAGAACACAGACAUACAGUCAGAUAGAACACAGACAGACAGUCAGAUAGAACACAGACAGACAGUCAGAACACAGACAUACAGUCAGAUAGAACACAGACAGACAGUCAGAUAGAACACAGACAGACAGUCAGAUAGAACACAGACAGACAGUCAGAUAGAACACAGACAGACAGUCAGAUAGAACACAGACAGACAGUCAGAUAGAACACCGACAUAACAGUCAGAUAGAACACAGACAUACAGUCAGAUAGAACACCAGACUACAGUCAGAUAGAACACAGACAGACAGUCAGAUAGAACACAGACAUACAGUCAGAUAGAACACAGACAGACAGUCAGAUAGAACACAGACAGACAGUCAGAUAGAACACAGACAGACCAGUCAGAUAGAACACAGACAGACGUCAGAUAGAACACAGACAUACAGUCAGAUAGAACACAGACAGACAGUCAGAUAGAACACAGACAGACAGUCAGAUAGAACACAGACAGACAGUCAGAUAGAACACAGACAGACAGUCAGAUAGAACACAGACAUACAGUCAGAUAGAACACAGACAGACAGUCAGAUAGAACACAGACAGACAGUCAGAUAGAACACAGACAGACAGACAGUCAGAUAGAACACAGACAUACAGUCAGAUUGAACACAGACAGACAGUCAGAUAGAACACAGACAUACAUACAUGCAUCCCCCCCCCCCCCCCGCACCCAUCCCCCUCACACACACCCCACACACAGACAUGCACCCCCCCCCCCCCCCCCCCCCCACAAAAGUAAGUCAGCAUACCACACACAUAUACCUCAGCCAGCGUGUUGCCAUGCGUGCAGACGACUAUUCUGCCUCAGUUUAAUCUAUGGUUUAAUUAAUUAACAGUAAUUGUUUGGAUGCAACCCAAACCUGUUGUUUUCCAUCAUUAAAUCUUUGUUUAAAUCUGUCUCUGUGUGGUGGGGGUGGGGGGGUAUGCAGUGUGUAUAUGUGUGUGUGUGUGUGUGUAUAUGUGUGUGUGUGUUUUGUUCUGCCUUCAUCUGGCUUCCAGCUGGAAACUCAGCAUUAAUCCCUUAAAGAGGGGAGCUUCUAACUUGUAACUUCAUACAGAUAGGAUCAACCUGGCAACCUACCUGGCAGACAAGCAGUAAAUAAACCUGAAAAAUACUCAACUGCAUGCUUGGCUGGCUGUUGGCAGGUUAGCUUUACUUCAGUUAAUCAAUCAAUCAAAUUUGAUUUGUUUAGCACUUUUUACAAAUGCGUUUGUCAUAACGUGCUUAGCCCACAGCAACCCAGGCCUAAAUCCCUCAUAGAGCUUGCAGAGGCAAUAUGAAGGAAAUAAACACAGGUAGACUGAUAUACCUCUUAUCUCAAACCUCUUCAUCUCAGAGAAUCACACAGACAGUCCUCUCUGUGUCCCCUGGCCUUCCCUGUUAAUACAGACCUGUCAGCUGUUAAUACAGAGAUAUACUACAAUACUAGAAGAAACACUACACAAUGCUCGAUCAUCCAUCUCUUCCUCUCCUUCCCUCCUCCCCCUCCUCUCUAAGAUAUAUCCUUUCCUCUCCCCCCUCUUCUCUAAGAUCUAUCCUUUCCUCUCCCCCCUCUUCUCUAAGAUCUAUCCUUUCCUCUCCCCCCUCUUCUCUAAGAUCUAUCCUUUCCUCUCCUCCUUCACCUUCUCUUUAUAUGUCGAUUCCUCUCCUCCCCUCUCUCUAUGGUCUUCACUUUCCUCUCUCCCUCUCUCUCCCCCUUUCUUCGUGAUCUGUCCAUUCCUCUCUUCCUCUCCUCCCCCUUCAUAAUUAAAUUAACAGGAGUCCUGCCUCUCUGUUCUUCCAUCCAGAGGAUCGUUUUUUCCUAAAGCCAGGCUUUUCCCAGAGCUGGGUUUUCCACUCUGGGAGUUUUCCAUUACCGGAAUCUAAUCAGGGUUCUAAUGAAGAGUUAUGAUAAUGGUUUUCCUGAAGUACUGAAGUGGGUUGCUCUCUGUUUCUGUCUGUCUGUCGUUGUGUGUGUGUGUGUGUGUGUGUGUGUUUGUGUGUGGUGGGGUGGGAGUAGGUAGGAAAGGAGCGAGGGAGAGGGAAAGAGAAGGAAGAACAGGGCUAGACUGAGGAAAGCGAUAGAGGGACAGCACAGAAAUAGGAGUUUAGUGUUUGAAUUUGUUUGUUAUGAGUAUUUUUCUGGUCCGUCUUCCAAGACCUUCCCCCCUUCUCACGUAUCUCUCUGCCCCCUCAGUGUGCUCCUGCACUGGGAAGGAUGAUGAGCAGAGGCCUGGUCCACGACCACAAUACUUCCAGACCUUCAAACAGGCCCCCAGAGAGCACCGUGUCCAGCCCCAGACGAUGUACUCGCCCCCUGGCCCGCAGAAGACCCCUAACCCGCUCCUCCAUCCACUCCCCCUCACACCUCCACUACAGACAGAGAAGC